CAAAACAGUCAGUCAAUUUCUGAUGGCUGAGCGUUUUGGAGUGUUUUAAUUUUUGUAAUUUGUAGUUUUAUUGAGCACGUUUACUUUUUGUUUGACACCGACACUGCGUGAAAGUAGGACAAUUUCAGGAUGUCCGCGGAAGUGCCAGUGAUUAAACGGUAUCGUCGCGAAGAGAAAGAAUCGGAUGAAAGUGAUGCUGAAGGAGAGGACCAGCAUGUGCCCUACGUUCCUGUGAGAGAAAGGAAGAAACAACAGCUUCUGAAAAUGGGAAGGAUUGUUCAACUAACGGCGGAAGCUUCCAACGUGGGUAAAUCCUCCAGCGAAAAUGAACACGACGAAGAUGAAGAAGCAUGGGGUCGUAAGUUCAACAUUAGCUUGCUAGAUCAGCACACUGAAUUGAAAAAACUGGCUGAGGCAAAGAAGAUUAGCGCCGUAGAAAAACAGCUGAAGGAGGAAGAAAAAAUUCUGGAAAGCGUGGCGGAAAAGAAAGCCCUAAUGGGUGUUGCUGAAUUGGCAAAAGGAAUUCAGUAUGAGGAUCCUAUAAAAACUAGCUGGAAAGCUCCAAGAUAUAUUUUGGCGCGGUCUGAUGCAUCGCAUGAGCAAGUCAGAGAAAGAUUGAGGAUAUUGGUAGAAGGAGAAAAUGUCCCGCCACCGAUUUGUACCUUCCGAGAAAUGAAGUUUCCGAAACCAAUUUUGGUUGCUUUGGAAAAGCGAAACAUUCGGAAGCCUUCACCGAUUCAAGUUCAAGGUAUACCAGCUGUUUUGUCUGGAAGAGAUUUGAUUGGAAUUGCAUUCACUGGAUCUGGGAAAACGUUAGUUUUCGUACUUCCUAUUAUAAUGUUUUGUAUUGAGCAAGAAAUUCGAUUGCCAUUCAUCAGCAAAGAAGGACCGUAUGGAUUGAUAAUCUGUCCGUCGCGAGAAUUAGCUAAGCAAACGUUUGACAUUGUACAAUACUACUGUCAGCAUUUGCAUAUGACUGGCAUGCCAGAGAUUCGUUCCGCGUUGGCCAUUGGUGGAGUUCCAGUAAAUGAAUCCUUAGCAAUCAUUCAGCAGGGUUGUCAUAUAAUGGUGGCAACCCCGGGACGGUUGAUGGACAUGCUGGACAAGAAACUAGUCAAAUUAGACGUGUGCAGAUAUCUGUGCAUGGAUGAAGCAGAUCGCAUGAUUGACAUGGGUUUCGAAGAGGAUGUUCGUACUAUUUUUUCUUACUUUAAAGGACAGCGUCAAACGCUUUUGUUUUCUGCCACCAUGCCGAAGAAGAUACAAAAUUUUGCCAAGUCUGCUCUGGUGAAACCAGUCACAAUUAAUGUGGGCCGAGCAGGAGCCGCUUCAAUGAACGUGACUCAAGAUAUAGAAUACGUCAAGCAAGAGGCCAAAGUCGUUUAUCUUUUGGAAUGCCUCCAGAAAACACCUCCACCGGUACUAAUUUUCGCUGAAAAGAAACAAGAUGUCGAUGCAAUACAUGAAUAUCUGUUGUUGAAAGGCGUUGAAGCAGUAGCCAUUCACGGCGGCAAAGACCAAGAGGAACGUUAUCGAUCGGUUGAAGGUUUUAGAAACCAGGAAAAAGAUGUACUAGUAGCAACCGAUGUGGCAUCAAAAGGACUCGACUUUCCAGAUGUUCAACACGUUAUCAACUACGAUAUGCCAGACGACAUAGAAAAUUACGUGCAUCGGAUUGGUCGUACGGGACGAUCUGGCUCCAAAGGUUUAGCCACUACAUUCAUUAACAAAGCUACCGAGCAGUAUGUUCUGCUGGAUUUGAAACAUCUGCUGAUUGAAGCGAAACAAAAAGUGCCACCAUUCCUAGCGGAACUUUGCUCUGAGACAGAAAAGUAUGCCGAUCUAGGCGAUGGGUGCAGCUAUUGUGGUGGUCUCGGCCACCGGAUUACCGAGUGUCCCAAACUGGAGGCAAUUCAGAGCAAACAGGCUUCCAACAUUGGACGAAGAGACUAUUUGUCCAACACGGCAGCCGAUUAUUAGAUGUAAUAUUAUUAUAUGUUGCAGUCACGCGACAAACAUUGUAAUAAACGUUCAGGAUAAUGCAUUUCAUUUA